AUGUACUUGUCCGUCGCAACAAGGCCAGACAUAGCAAAUACCGUGUCAAGACUAGCACAGUUUGUGACUAACCCAUCGAAAUGCUAUUGGAACGCGGCCAAACGUGUGCUAAGAUAUAUUGCCGGUACUGCCAAUAGGUGUGUGCUCUAUCAAAAAUUCAACCUACCGCUAAUAGGGUACACCGAUGCUGAUUGGGGUGGCUGCACAACUGAUCGUCGUUCCUACACUGGCUAUGCUUUCUUGCUCAGCGGUGCUGUGAUAAGCUGGAAGUCGCAAAAACAACGUACAGUAGCACUUUCAUCAACGGAGGCCGAGUAUGUCAAUUUGGCGGAAGCAGCAAAAGAGGCAGUCUACUUGCGUAGUCUCUUAAACGAGAUAGGUCUUCAAGAGCUCACCGAUAUUAAAGUUUAUGUGGCCAACAGAGGGGCGCAGUGUUUGGCGAAUGAUCCAGUUUUUCAUGCGCCGACCGAACACAUAGAUAUCAAGCAUCACUUUGUAAGAGAAUGCAUCAGCGCACGGUUAUUCUCAUUGAAGCACGUACCUACACAGGAGAUGAUUGCAGAUGUGAUGACGAAACCGUUGGCGCGAGCAAAUCCCGAGAGAUGUCUUAUCGGACUUGGUUUACCCACUUAG